UGUAUCCCUAUCGUCAUCGAUUGCGUGCAUUCCAACCUGAACGUUCUCAAAGACAGAUCAAUUUUUUCUUGUACAGAAAAUGUCUCACAGACCCAUAGACACCCCUUUCAAGCAGCAGCGACUGGGCGGAUGGAAACCGCUGUUUACUGCCGAAACAGUAAUGAUGAAAUUCAUGGUCGUCGGUGGCAUCCUUACAGCGGUCGGUGUUGCUAUCCUCUUGAGAAAUAAAGAGCUGCAAGAGUACCAGUUCGACUACACCAAUUGCAAGCAGGUGAACUCGAACAGGUCCUGCGCGUCCCUACUGCAGGCCAAUCCCCGACACUCGUGCGUCUGCCUCGAAGCCUUCCAACUGCCACAAGAUUUCCAGGCACCCGUCUUCAUGUAUUAUGGCCUGUCAAGAUACCACCAGAACUUCCGCCGUUAUGUGCAGUCACGUGACGAUAAACAGUUGCUAGGGAAUCCUCUCCUUUCGCGUUCACAGUGCGAGCCCUUCAGGUUUGACAAGUCCACCGACAAAACGUACUACCCGUGUGGAGCGGUCGCCAACAGCUUCUUUAAUGAUACGUUGCGGCUAAAAUAUAAGGGUGCAGGAGAUCCCACAUAUCGUGACAUUGAUCUCAUAUUCGACGGCAUCAGCUGGCCAACGGACCGACAACGCAAGUUCAAGAAUCCUCCCGCCAGUGUGAGCCUCGACCAAACUGCCAAGCCACAUAACUGGCUGAGGCCCGUCAAGGACUUGAAGGACGGCAUCGAAAACGAAGCGCUGAUUGUGUGGAUGAGAACUGCUGCGCUGCCCACGUUUCGAAAGCUCUACGCAAUUGUCGACCAUCAGAAACGACCGACUUUCGGGAAGGCCUUGCCAACAGGGAAUUAUCUCCUCGAGGUUCACUACAACUAUCCAGUGUGGCAAUUCGACGGACGGAAGCUACUUGUGCUCGCCAAUGCCGGAUGGUUGGGGUCUCGGAACCCGUUCCUGGGCAUAGUCUACGUCUGCGUCGGCAGCCUAUGUCUUUCCCUCACCAUUGUCUUUUUCGCGAUCAAUCGCCAUUUUGGAUCCAAGAAAUUUCCAAUGCCGGAACUGUCCGCCUUCUGGGAGCCGCCCCUGGACACGAGGCGACUCGGAGUUCCUCCCGUUACGUCGAUGAAUCCCAGCCCAUCCCAAGCUGGCACGCAACAGGCGUCGACGCCGCAGGUUCACGCGCCAGAAGCGCACCCAUACCAAGCACAGCAACCGCACGAAACAACGCACCAAGUGAUGCGUGCGUACCCAAUGCCCACUACAGCUCCCCACGGCCGCCACCAACCAGUUCGACGUAAAUAACAGCGCAUAAGCUACCAGCAAGCCUGCAAUGAAACAACGUGGCCUGCAAUUAUCGUCGAAAUAUUUUGUUUCAGUAACUGCUAUAUAACAGUCUUUUGUUGCGAAGUGAUCGUCCCUUAUACUUCCCACAAUAUUUUGUUCUACCGGUAUGCCUGAAUAU